AUGACGAUACUGGACCCGGAAUGUUUUCUGGCGCAUGUAUCAAAGUUUGAAACGUACAACAUCGAUUCGUCACUUUAUCCACCGCCUUACGUCCUCCACGGCAGACUCCCUCACUCCAACUUUGUGUGCAGUGCGAGCCUUGUAAACUCAACCCCGUCGUGGUCUUUCUGCCACACAUUUGAAUGCACUGGAGGAGGGAACACUGCGGAGCCCCCGAUGGUGCUGGAGUGCUACGGCAAUAACGGGGAGGAGUUUGUGGGCAUGUGCGCCGUGGAGUUAUCUCAGUUGCUGGAGGCUUCAUCAUCAAAGGACUCGAUCGUGGCGCUGCAGCUGAGGGACGGCUAUUUUGUCAGAGGUGAGAUAUCGUUUCAUGCGACGUUAGAGAAAUUACGCUCGUUCGACAUUCACAUCCCACGCAUGGCCAUUGCGCCACAUUCACCACCGGGAGCCUCCGUGUACGUGGAGCUUUCGUGCGGUUACGAAGGCAGUGACGGCGCGGUGUCCGUGACGUCGGAGCGGGUGGCGACGGAAGUCUUCGAAUGGGCGCCGCUGCCGCCAUUGCUGCAAUGCAGAGUUACUCCCGGAACACUGACGCAAGACGGUGUUUUCGGGAAACUCUUCAGCGACUCCGGGGAGCGGCUCGGUCACUUUCGCAUCGUUGUGCCCACUUCUGUCGUCAGGGGAAUAACAGCACCGGCAUCAUUGUCAGAGGACGGAGUGAGCAGCGAUCAGUUUGAGUUUGACGUUCCCGUGGAGUCAACGCCCUCGGGCAUCGUGCUGCGGUGCGCAGGCAACAUGACGCUUUCGACGGGUGCUUGCCCGGCGGUAUGUCAGGCAUCCGCCGAGGCCUCUUUCGACGCCGAGAGGAGCACAGAAACGCAUGAAUUUUUUCGCGGUGCCCUCUCUGAAGACCUGCAGGUCCUGAGCGAGGUUCUGGAGCAGCAGCAGCAGAUGCUCGGGACGGUUCGAGAGCAGUUGGAAUGGGUGCGGGAUUAUAAGGCCACCAUCAAACAACGACUGGAGGUGUUGCGGCGCCACUCGACGGCGACGGACUCCACAGACGUUGGGAUCAGGAGCCGGAUUGAGAGGGAACUGCAAGGCUGCAUCAUGCAGCGGGAACAACUACGGGAUGAGCUUGCCGCGCUUCGGAAACGCAGAGCGGCGGCCACAGAAGAACAUUUGCUGCGGGUGGAGGAGCAGAGGAGGUUGCAGGAAACGCUGGAGGAGGAACAGGCAAAGGCAGAGUUUCUCCGCGAAGGCGUCAAGAAGUUGCAGCUGGAAAUGCAAACGCAUGCAAAGAUGGAGAAGAAGCGGGAGCAGCUGCGGCUGCGGCAGUCGGAAGAACAGCAGCAACUCAACAGCGAAGAUGCAGAGACACUGGUAGAGGUGAUGCGUUUACUGGAACGACACAAGUGA